AUGUCGGCCCGCACUCAGCUCCCUUACAACAAGGAGACAAACCCUUCAAAAGCCCAGCUAUACAUCGUUCUCAACCCGCCUCUGAACUUCAACCUCAAGAUGGACAAGAUAGACUUUAAGAUCCCCAGCCGCUGGAUGAUCGCCGUCUUUAACCCUGUUCUUAUCAAGUGGCUCACCGCCGAUGGUCGUCAGAAUGAAGCCCGCUACGCUUUGAUCAAGGGUGACGCCCCGCCUGAGAACUCCAAGCUCUUUGAGGUUGCCAAGAUUCCAGUCUCUAAGCUUGGCGAUGUUGAGGCGCGCAUUCGUUCCGUGCUUCCUGAUGAGAACCCACUUGGCGAGAUGCAGUUCAAUCGCGAGUAUGUCCGUGAAGUCCUAAACAACCUUGUUGACGGCGGUAUCAUUGGGGAGCACCAGGCUCGAGAUACCCUUCUCACAGUUGAGGCUUAUUGUCUUCAGUUGAACAAAAACUAA